GAAUUUGUCUCUCAUCCUCUGUUUUCUCUCCAACCCUAAACAAAUUCUUGAUGGUGAGAGAAGAAGAGAGAUUGAGACAAAUAUUUUCAUUAAUAGAAGAAAAAGGUAUAUGUUUUUGGUUUCAUGUUCUUCUAAAGGACAUCAAAUCACACAUGCCCUUUUUGCUUUGAUGGAUGAAAAUCUCUGUUUUUUCAAUCGAAAGAUUGGGUAUGCAAUCUAGACCUUCAGAAGAGCUUCUUGAUAAAGACCAAGGACCUAGUGACAAUGGUAUCAAGACAAAUUUGCAUAAGAACAAACAUGGUGCUCUAAGCCCACCUCCCAAGAUUUCAGAUAUCGAUGCCUUUAGGGAAACAAGGUCUAAGGCAAAGCGAUUCUCAACUCCACAACCUGAAAGAGUAGAAAGCAAACAAGAUUAUAAAGGGAAACCAUUAGUUCGUAGAAGCACAAUGCUUGACUUGAGGUCUCCUUUGAUUUGUAAUCCAUCUCUCAAACGCUUCAAUUCAUCGAAGCUUUAUGGCAAAAGAAUAAGGAAAAGGGUACCCUCGUGGUCGAAGUUAUUUGAAUGUGUUGGAGGAAGAGUUACUUCCUUGGAGAUAGAUGAUAGUUUUUUGGUUGAUCUUUCACAACUUUUUCUAAGGUUUAGAUUUGCUCAUGGGGCCCAUAGUCAAAUUUAUCGUGGAGUUUACAAGGAGGAUGAGGUUGCAGUUAAAAUUAUUAAAGUGCGAGAUGAAGAUGAAAAUAAAAAACUAGGAAUUCGAUUAGAGAAUCAAUUUGUUCGCGAAGUCGCUCUUUUAUCUCGUCUCCACCACCAAAAUGUCGUUAAGUUUGUAGCCGCAUGUAAAAAACCACCGGUUUUCUUUAUUAUCACCGAGUAUCUUUCAAAGGGUUCCUUGAGGGGAUACUUGCAUAAUCUCCAGGACAAAACCAUAAAAGACAAAGAGAUUCUUUCUUUCGAAAAGAUUAUCAAGAUGGCUUUAGACAUUGCUCGUGGAAUGGAGUAUGUUCAUUCACAAGGGAUUAUUCAUAGGGAUUUGAAGCCUGAAAACAUACUCCUCACACAAGAUUUUCAAUUGAAAAUUGCCGAUUUUGGGAUAGGUUGUGAGGAGGGGCAUUGUGAAGUGGUAGUGGAUGAUCCAGGAACUUAUCGUUGGAUGGCUCCUGAGAUGAUUAAAAAGAAGCCGUAUAAUCGAAAGGUAGAUGUGUAUGGAUUUGGACUCAUUUUAUGGGAGAUGGUGGCUGGGGCUCUACCUUAUAAAGACAUGACCCCGAUUCAAGCGGCAUUUGCUGUCGUGCAUAAGAAAUUACGACCAUCUAUUCCGACCACCUGUCCUCUGGCAUUGAGAACUUUAAUCGAACUAUGUUGGUCUUCGAAUCCACAAAAUAGGCCCAACUUUUCCUUGGUCGUGAAGAUUUUACAAGAGUUUGAAAUUUCACUCACUCGUGAUGGAAACAUGGAUGGUUUACAAUGCCCAAAUAGUUCAGAUCAAAGAAAGAGUCAUCCAGAUCAAAGAAAGAGUCAUCCUCAAUUGAUGCAAAAUCAUGAUUCUUAUCAUCGACAUAUGAACUCACCCAUUCCUAAACCAAGGUUCUCAUGAAGCUUCUCGUUUCUUCGUCUUUUUAUUUGGAGAAGCGAGCAAUAUGUUUUUACAUUUUUAUUAGGUUAUUAUUUUGCACAGUAAGAUGCUGAUAGGACUAAUUUAUCUUGAAUAGAGGUUAUUCAAGUAUCAAAGUGUAUAUGGCCGCCCCUAUCGUUGCCCA